UAAAUGGAAACGGAUUGGAUGGAAAAAGAGGAAUGUGAUGAGCAAAGUGUGCAAGAUCAGCUUCAGGAAGGGAACGACCAUUUUUCUGCAACGCUUGUUUAAGGCACCUUUCCACUUGAAGUGAUGAUGAUCGACAUUGUUGCGGCAAAUCUUUCACUUUCACACCUGGGAAUAUUCUCACUCAGUCGACGACGACGACGACGACAAGAAGCACAAAAAAUGACGCUGAAAUGUGUACGUAUAGACAAUGACAGGAACGGCUUAUUUAUGGAUCAACCGAGUCAUUUUUCAGGCAUCACUCUCGAUUUCGAUGCAUUCAUGUGCGUCGUCAGUGUUUACCGCUAUCUUGGAAAUUCAUUGCUUUUUUCGAACGAGCUUCUGUGAGAGAUGCAAAUGUCCCUGUUGCAUGGAGCUCGAGAAUCAUCUCGACCAAACGCCAAUGAAAAGAAAUCUUCUCAUGUCUCGAUCUCACUCUUCAUCUUUCCCUCUUUAUCUGUCCUCCUCCUCCUCCUCCUUUCCUCUAGCUCUUCCAAAGCUUGCUUGGUAUGGACGAUGGUCGACAGAAGGACCACGGACGGUGGAUUGGCAUCGCUUCAAAUCCCCUCAGUCGCUCCGUAGACGUCAAACGGUGAACUUGAACAAUAUUGAUUCCCUCUCCAAGAGCUUAUACAUACAACAGAUUUUAGAAAAAUCCCUGAGUGUCCAGUCGGUGGUUUGGGGCAGUUUCUCUUCCAAUUUCCAAGGGGACUUGAAUACGUGCGUGUGUGCGUGCCGACGUCACAGAGUGAGUGGGUAAAUGAAUUCGAAUGCCAUCCGACGAUACCUUCAGCGGGGUUGAAGCUUGAAGAGCACCAAUCGGCAUCUUGAGUGUUUUCAAUAACGGUGCUGUCUAAAGCACGCUCUGACGUCGAAGUGACAGUGUGUGGCUUUGGUACCUACGUUACGUGUGCACACAGGUAGUGAAAUGAGGACACUUCUGAGUCUAGUGUUGCUUUUAUCCGCCCAAUGUCGAAUGAGAGCGGAGAGCAAAAUGCUCAAAGAUUAUAUCACAGACGCCACCAAACAAAAAGAAGCCCAACAAAGGUUUCGCGAGACUUUCUCUUUCCUCAAAGACCACGAGAUCAAGCUAUUCAAGAUCGAGGCCGUGGAUUAUCGGGAUGGGAACUACACGGGUGAAGUGAACGACCAAAAGGAACGCCAUGGUUGGGGCGAGAUGUAUUGGCGGAACGGCACCGUCUACGGACCCGGCAACAUCUUCAUCUACUCACAUGGCGACCGAUACGUGGGCCAAUGGCUCAACAACAAACAAGAUGGGAUCGGAACUUUCUUCAGUCAAACCGGCGCCUAUGUUGGUGACUGGAAAAGUGGUCUUCAACACGGCAAUGGGACAGCUUUGUACAAGAACGGGAACAAAUACGUUGGACAAUUUCGCAACGGAUUCAAGGACGGAUUUGGCGUGUUCACCGUCGCCAACGGCGACCAAUACUCCGGGUUCUUCAAGCAAGGCAUCAAAUUUGGCCAUGGGAUCGAGACUUUUCACAACGGCGAGAAGUACGUAGGCGAAUACAAGAGUGGCAUCCAGAAUGGACAAGGCUCGUCUUUCUAUUCGAGUGGUGGUAUCAAAUACAAAGGUGAUUGGAUCAACGGGAUGCCUCAUGGAUUUGGUACCUUUUUCUUGCCCAAUGGCAUGCCUUUCAAGGGUGAAUUCGAAUUUGGCAAGCUCAUGGGCAAGCCCAGUAGUGUUAGCCAUUCCUCAGCGGAUCUCUACUCGCAAAACACGGAAAAACCCUCCGAUGUUCCAAGGUUUGACAGCCUCAUUCUAGAUCAAUCCCCUCAACAGACCUUCUUGUUGCAACAACAACAAUUUCAACAACAACCCUCCGGUUCGUUUUCGGCUAAUACAUACAACACAUUUACAACGACGCAACCCUCGACCACGACAACCAGUGGAACCACUCGGCGAACUCCCGUGGGAUUGGCCACCACCUUUAGCAACAUCAUCUCGGCAUUUUGGCCAUUUGGCUGAAAUUGAGUGGUCUGUUUCUUUGCAAAUGGCAAACCUUUUUGUGCAGCUACGUAAGUUUUAAGGAAAGAUAAUAUACC